AUGUCUACUGCCGUCGACAACCUCGCCGAGAACCUCGCCAGCGCCUCCAUCGAGAAUCCCGCUCAGGCUCAGCAGGAAGCCAUCUCUGCUUCCGCCGCUGAAGGUCGUCGUCUCUACAUUGGGAAUCUCGCUUAUGCGACCACUGAGGACCAGCUCAAGGAAUUCUUCGCUGGCUACGAUGUCGAAAGCACCUCCAUCCCCGUCAACCCUCGCACCAACCGACCCGUUGGCUAUGCCUUUGUCGAUCUGAAGUCCGCCGAUGAGGCCACCAAGGCUAUCCAAAAUCUGUCUGGCCAGGAUAUCCUCGAGCGCAAGGUUAGUGUCCAGCUUGCCCGCAAGCCCGAGGACAAUGAGAAGAAGGCGGCCGAGACUGGCGACAAGGAGCGUGGUACGGGUCGUGGUCGCGGUGGCCGCGGCCGCGGUCGUGCUGGCCGCGCCCGUGGCGGUCAGCGUGGCUCUACCGGUGCUGCCGAGGCCGCUCCUCUUGCGGACGUCACCAACGAGGCCAACAAGUCUGCCACUCCCGCCACGGAUGCGAAGGCUGAUGCGAAGUCUGCUGCUCCCCGUGCUCCCAAGCAACGUGGUCCUCCCGAGGAUGGCAUCCCUUCCACCACCAAGGUCAUGGUCGCUAACCUCCCCUACGAUCUGACCGAGGAAAAACUCAAAGAACUCUUCGCUGCCUACGAACCCGUCUCCGCCAAGAUUGCUCUUCGCCCCAUCCCUCGCUUCAUGGUCAAGAAGCUUCAGGCUCGUGGUGAGGCUCGUAAGGGCCGUGGCUUCGGCUUCGUCACUCUCGCCUCUGAGGAGCAGCAGCAAAAGGCCGUCUCUGAGAUGAAUGCUAAGGAGAUCGAGGGUCGCGAGAUCGCUGUCAAGGUUGCCAUCGACAGCCCUGGCAAAGAGGACGGUACCGAGGAGGCCGCUGAGGGCGAGGCGUCUACCAACGGUACCAACGGCACCACCACUGAGGCUGCUCCCGCUGCGGCCGCCUAA